AGUGCGAGGUUGGAUUGUCGAGAGCGCGCAGGCUUGUUUGACAGCUCACAGCAGGUUUUAAUGGCUUUUGGAACCUGGUGAAAACACGCAUGUAGGAAUGCAGAGAAUAGGUUGCGUUGUCUUCAGGCAGGGAUGGCCAAACUCUUACUGGAAAUGCGCCUUUCGCCAUGUGUUACUGCAACAGAUGAUCUCCAAGUGAAAUAAUUGUUCAUAUAUCGGACCUCAUUGAAACAUGCAUCUCUUUCGGAGUUACAAUUACCAAGUAUAUCCUGAUCGCGGUUCCGUUGAGAAAACACCUAAAAUCCAGGGAAUUAGUUGGACACCUCUGCCAGAAGCUGUGGACACACAAAACUCCAUCAAACAGUUUUUGUCCGAUCGAAUCCUGAAGGCCGCUAGGGUGGUGUACAGCACGCUGAUAGAGCGUAACCCAGGCCUGAUAAGGGACAGAAAACACCAUCUUAAGACAUAUAGGCAGUGCUGUAGUGGAAAGGAUCUUGUUGAUUGGCUGAUAAAACUGAAUGACUGUUUUCAGUCCCGGAGUCAGGCAGUCGGGAUGUGGCAGGUUUUGGUGGAUGAGGGCAUUUUGGGCCACAUGAAACAGGAGUUAAACUUCCAUGACAAAGAAACUCAAUUUUACCGCUUUAUGGAGGCGGAAUUUGACCUUAAUCACUCAAACAAGGAGAAAGACUACAAAGAAGAUGAGCUCCAAGAGAGUUUAUCGCUGCUGAUCCAGAUGGGCCCAGAUGCUCUUCUGACUAUGAUACUGCGAAAAUGUCCAAACCAGCGCACUCCAGAGGAUCUUGAAGUUAUUUACGAAGAGCUUCUUCAUGUCAAGGCUGUGGCCCACUUGUCCACAUCUGUUCGGAAGGAGUUGGCAGCAGUGCUGGUUUUUGAAAGCCAUGCCAAUGCGGGAACAGUCUUGUUCAGUCAAGGGGACAAAGGGACUUCCUGGUACAUCAUUUGGAGGGGUUCUGUUAAUGUCAUCACACAUGGAAAGGGCUUGGUGACCACGCUUCAUGAAGGAGAUGACUUUGGGCAGCUGGCCCUGGUGAACGAUGCCCCUCGAGCGGCAACAAUAAUCCUAAGAGAGGACAACUGCCACUUCCUGCGUGUUGACAAGCAGGACUUUAUACGUAUUCUAAAGGAUGUGGAGGCCAACACUGUCCGUUUGGAGGAACAUGGCAAAGUCGUUCUGGUUCUUGAGAAAAGCUCAGUACAGGAGUCCAACUAUCAGGGAGGAUCAGCUGGCAGCAACAAGUAUACAGUAAUGUCAGGAACACCAGAGAAGAUACUAGAACACAUGCUGGAGACGAUUAAAUUGGAAACCAAUGGCACUGAUUUUAUAGAUUCUAGUGCAAGUGACUUCAUCUUAACACAUCCAGUCUUCAUGCCCUGCAGUCAGCUAUGUGCGGCCCUCCAGCAUCAUUACCAAGCCGAACCAUCAGAAGGCUCAGAUCUGGAGAAGGCAGCGUACACUCUCAACACCAAACAGAAGAUUGUGAAGCUGGUUGGUCACUGGGUGGGUCUGUAUGGUCUACUACUGAGGGAUGACCCUGUAGCAUCAGAAUUUCUGGAGAAAUUCAGAGAGGGGGUGAUGGCUGACUCAAGACUCUCCAGCAUACUUAGAGAACAGCUGAGGGACAGGAGAAAGACCAAAAUAACUGAGAAUGGAUGCCACACUCUGACGAAGUUGAACAAAAAGUUUGAUUGGUUUUCUGCUUAUGAAGAGCCUGUGGGGAAAUUAAUAUCAAUCAGAGCUCAAGACAAAGUCUUGUAUGAGAUCUUUAAACCGGACCAUAAGGCUGUAACUGUGAUGCUGCAAGUCGAUGCCUCUGUAAAGGACAUCUUGUCUACAUUAGUGGAUCCUGAGAGAAACUAUGUGCUGAUCAAGAUGAAUUCUUUAGGAGACAGGGUCCAGCUCAAGUUGGAAGCCACAGCAGUGUCUGCUUCUUUAGGAGUAAACGAGAGGCUUUUCCUCUGUUCUGCCAGUCAAGUGGAACAACUGACCCCCCUGAAGGAGCAGCUUGGUCCAGAAAAGAACACCAUGGACACUCUGGAGCAGAUGGGCUCCAAGGACAUCGCCAGCCAGCUGACCGGCUACGACUGGGAGCUCUUCAUGGCCAUGCAUGAGGUGGAGCUGAUCUACUAUGUUUUCGGACGGGAAAAGUUCCCAGGUGCCACCACGGCUAAUCUUGAGCGAUUAGUCCGUCGCUUCAACGAGAUGCAAUACUGGGUGGUGACUGAACUGUGUCUCUGUGUGGACCUGGUCAAGAGAGCCGUACUGCUGAAGAAGUUCAUCAAGAUGGCCAUUGUAUUGAAAGAGCAGAAGAACUUGAACUCGUUUUUCGCUGUGAUGUUCGGGCUCAGUAACAGUGCAGUUCAGAGACUAAAUAAAACAUGGGAGAGGCUUCCAAACAAAACCAAAAGGAUCUACUGUGCAUAUGAAAGAUUAAUGGAUCCAUCCCGUAAUCACAGAGCCUACAGGCUAACUGUAGCCAAACUCAGCCCUCCGUAUAUACCCUUCAUGCCAUUACUGCUUAAAGAUAUGACAUUUAUCCAUGAGGGAAACAAAAACUACACUAAUAAGUUGGUAAACUUUGAGAAAAUGCGCAUGAUUGCCAGGACAGUGAAAACAGUUCGAGAGUGCCGAAGUCAACCUUACGUGCCUUCAUCGCCACAAAAAGGUUUGACAGAGCGAAUGUUCUUGGAUGCCCAAGCUAUACGAAUAUCAACAUAUUCAGAUCAGUCCCUGACCCUCCGCAGUGCCACCAGUGUCAGACAGUACAUUCAGAAUCUUAAAGUGAUUGACAAUCAGAAGAGACUAACUCAGUUAUCCAGAACCAUAGAGCGAUGAGAAGCUGCCAGACUGCCUUUCCUCACCCUGUCUUGCUCCAUAUUGGAGAAAAUAUGUCAUCCAUUCAUUUUCAUGUGACUGAAGAAAUCCACGAUCACCCUAUGUGUGGUUAAUUGGUGUAACACUUUGUCAGUGCUUCAUGGACUACACUUAGCCGAGCAUUGGCAAAUGACAAUUUCCUUUGAUGCCUUAUUAGAAAUGUUCUGAUUGAAAUGCUGGGCUGUAUCUGAAAUGCACACUACACCACAGGCAAAGAACUUCACUUUAGUGCUGCUGGCAUUCACUGUUAUUUAUAAAAUUAGCAAAUGAAUUCUAACUUGUAUGGAAAGUGAGCUUGCACUGGAAAACAACAGUGUACAGAUUAUUUACGAGCUGCUGUAUAUACAAAGCCAAAUACCACUAAGCUAAACCAGUUAAAUACUAUGACAAUAGCACAAUUAGUUUUGUCAAUAUAUAUAUAUAUAUAAUGAAAAUAAAUAUCUUAUGCAUUUCUAUUGAUGUUUAUUUUUAUAAAUAAAUUAUUGAAGAUGUGUGGUGCAUGUUGUUGUUUGAUGUAAAAAUGUGUAAAUUACAUAAA